AUGCUCAUGCUCCCACAAGCCGAUCGAGAACAAUGCGCUGCAUUCAUACGCGACGAGCGCGUAAUGGUCAUCUGGUCCGAGUCGCUCGACCGCAUCAUCCCGAUCUGCCAAGACUUUGAAGAGCGGCUCAUCAAGCUCCUCUGGCGCUCGCGCCCCAUUGCACCCUCCACCUCCUCCUCCGCGCAUGGCAAUGUCGGUGGCAGCGGUGGCAUUGCUGGCAGCACAACGGGAAGCAUUGCCGACCACUCACAAGGCAGCGCUGAGGGUCUGGCGCCGAACGGUGGCGCGGUACGUGGAUCCGCGUCAGCAUCGCGUCCCCCAAGUGUCACGGGACGCGCGCCGGGGUCGGUUAGGGCACUGAAGGGUUUGUAUGGUGUUCAAGGCAGGGAUUACGAGGACGAGCUUGCAGAUGCAGCGGAGAAGGCGGCUGCAGCUGCAGCUGGUGGUACUGAUAAAGAGGCGUCAAGUUCGGUGCGCGCCGCUCACGCAGGUCGAGCGCGCAAGCAGCGCUAUAGGCGGACGUGGUAUGGCCGCAAAGUGCCCUUGCCGAGCGUGUAUUCUGCUGAUGCCGAUGAUGGGGACGAUGACGAAGAUCGUGAUAUGGAAGGAUUCAGAGGGGAAGAGAGGAGGCCUGUCAGGCUUUAUGCACCGCUGUAUAAUGGGCUUGCAGCUGGUAUCGCGUUGGUGUUUGUUGGGAACUCUUUUAGGACGCUACUCAUGGAAUGGUGGUUGGACCAUAACUUUACACGGUUCGCUUUGGUCGUUGUCAUUCCCCUGUUGUAUUGCGUCUCUAUGUUCUUUGCACUACAAAUCGUGCAAAACGUUACAAUGAUGAUCGGCCCAAUUGCACACUACCACCAAAAUUCAAAGUAUUAUUCUGCGGUCCGCCCAAAGCCAAACAAGGUCGUCGACAACAACCUCCCGCACAUCACUAUUCAGAUGCCAGUUUAUAAAGAAAGUCUCGAGACUGUGCUCGCUCCUAGUAUCAGAAGCUUGAAGAAGGCGAUGCAGACCUACGCGAGGCAGGGAGGGACCAGUACGAUUUUCAUUAAUGAUGAUGGGCUUCGGUUAUUGUCCCCUGCUGAGAGAGAUGAGAGGCUUGCAUUCUAUGCGAAUCAUAAUAUCGGAUGGGUGGCUCGUCCGAAGCAUGAUCCUGCUCCCGACGGCUUCAAGCGUGCUGGAAGGUUCAAAAAAGCAUCGAAUAUGAAUUAUGGUCUUGCACUCUCUUUGAAAAUGGAAAAGCACCUCGAGACUCUCCUCACUCAGCAAACAAACUUCACCGCCAACAACCCCGGAAAUAUGCGUACUUCUGUCUCUACGAACGCACACGGAAGCGCCAAUAGUCAUGGCGCAAUUGUAAAUGGAACAGGAGAAAAGCCGAACGGGCAGGGUGAACCGAUACAGUAUGGAAUUCAAUACCAGAACCGGGACGGCGACGAAUCCGUCGUAUGGGGUCACGCAGGAAACGGGGGCGGCGCCGGGUCUGGACACGCGCCUGCACCUGGGCUUCUGGGUUUAGGUGAUGAGGAUCUCGAGGAGAAGGCGCUCGGCAUGGCUAUUGAAGAGACGUGGGAGGAGAGCGGACGUAAAUGGCGCCCGUGGGCUGCGAAUGGCCGCGCGACGAGGAUUGGCGAAUUUGUGCUCAUUGUGGAUUCGGACACGGUCGUUCCUGAGGAUUGUCUGCGUGAUGCAGCGCGGGAGAUGAGGGCAUGCCCUACGGUUGCGAUUAUCCAGCAUGAAAGCGAUGUCAUGCAGGUCGCCCAUCAUUACUUUGAAAACGGAAUUGCGUACUUCACGAGGCGCAUCAACAGGUGUAUAUCGAUCUCAUGUGCCAACGGCGAAGUCGCUCCGUUUAUGGGACAUAAUGCCUUUUUACGCUGGAAAGCUAUUCAAGAUGCAGCGUUCAUCGACCCAGCAGAUGGCAAGGAGAAGAUAUGGUCCGAGUCCAACGUGUCCGAGGACUUCGACAUGGCUCUCCGACUCAUUUUGAAGGGAUACAUUGUCCGAUGGGCCACGUACUCCAAGGGCGGAUUCAAAGAAGGUGUCUCGCUCAGUGUGGAUGACGAAUUAAAUCGGUGGCAAAAAUAUUCCUAUGGAUGCAACGAGCUCCUGUUUAAUCCUCUGGUGGAAUGGUGGCGCAAAGGACCUAUCAAUCGCCAAAUCCACAAGUUCUUGUGGUCCAGGGCGCCUCUGCACUAUAAGAUUUCAAUGUUAUCAUACGGUAUCGCAGCGUCGAUAACGAUAUCACUCAUCAAUUACGUGUUGCUGGGCUUCCAAUUCCCAGUUGAUGGCUUCUUCAUGCACAGUUUCGAAAUCUUCCUUGCGACGACGGUCGUGUUCUGGGGAUCCGGAACGGUUGGGUACACGCUGCUUGAGUAUCGUCUCGGACACAAGAAACUGGCGAUCCUAGCUCAUCUGUUUUCGUACAACAUUCAAUGGUCCGCGACGAUCAAAGAAGUCGAGCGCUCGAAUUUCUUCAAGGAAAUCCCAAAGAUCGCUCGGAGGUGA